GAUGAUUCAAGUGUUGUUUCUUCCUCGAGUACAAAGAGAUUUCUUAUCCACAAACAGCUCAUUUUAAAUGGAAUGUGAUCUCAGCUGCUGGUUCACUAAAGAUGCUGAAAAUUUAAGGAUUUCUUAGCUUUCUGGUUGAGAAGAUGCACAUAAAGGAAGUCCUGAGGAGGCUAUGGCUACUGGAAUUAGAUGAAUUAGGCCACUUCUUCCGCGCACUCCCUCCUCCAGCUCUAGUGGGAAUUGCUUCAUUCGCAGCUAUUAUAGCAUAUUGGCUAGCGACCAGACCCAAAGCCCUGAAGCCUCCUUGUGAUCUUUCACAACAGUCCGUGGAAAUUGAGGGUUCUGAACAAGCUCGCAGAUCUGUCUUAGGUGACAGCCCCAAGCUAAUGACCCACUAUCACGAUGAUGCGAAGACCAUGUAUGAAGUAUAUCAACGUGGAUUGUAUAUAUCAGGUGAUGGUCCUUGUUUAGGAUUCAGAAAACCAAAAUGCCCCUAUCAAUGGCUUUCUUAUAAAGAGGUUACCAACAGAGCCAUGGAUUUGGGAUCUGGACUCCUCCAAAAAAACUGCAGAUCAUCACCAGACCAAUUCAUAGGUGUAUUUGCUCAAAACAGGCCUGAGUGGAUUAUUGCUGAGCUGGCAUGCUAUACCUACUCCAUGGUGGUAGUGCCACUUUAUGACACUCUCGGACCCGAAGCCAUUCGCUACAUUAUUAACACAGCUGAGAUAUCAACAGUUAUCUGUGACAAUGUGGAAAAAGCAAGGACUCUUCUGAAGAAUGUGGAGAGAAAAGAGAUGCCAGGCCUGACGAUUGUUAUCCUAAUGGAUCCAUUUGAGGCAGACUUGGUAGAGAUGGGAAAUGACUGUGGAGUAAAUAUUCUGGCCCUUCAGGAAAUAGAGAACCUUGGAAAAAAUAACAGGCGAGAUCCUGUGCCUCCCCGACCUGAAGAUCUAUCGAUUGUCUGUUUUACCAGUGGAACAACGGGUAAUCCCAAAGGGGCUAUGCUCACACAUGGGAAUGUGGUGGCUGAUUUUUCAGGCUUUUUGAAAGUUACAGAGAGCCAAUGGUUACCUACAUCUGAAGAUGCACAUAUUUCCUACUUGCCAUUAGCACACAUGUUUGAAAGAAUGGUACAGUCUGUAGUUAUAUGCCAUGGAGGCAGGAUUGGUUUCUUCCAAGGUGACAUUAGGCUCCUCUCUGACGAUAUGAAGGCUCUUCAUCCAACAAUUUUUCCCGUAGUUCCAAGACUACUAAACAGAAUGUAUGACAAGAUAUUUAGCCAAGCUGGUACACCAGUAAAACGCUGGCUACUGGAAUUUGCUGCCAAGAGAAAGGCAACUGAGGUGCGAAAUGGUAUCAUAAGGAAUGACAGCAUAUGGGAUAAAAUCUUUUUCAAGAAAAUACAGGAAAGUCUGGGGGGAAAGGUGAGAAUGAUUGUCACAGGGGCCGCCCCUACUUCGCCCACUGUGCUUGGUUUCCUUAGAGCUGCACUAGGUUGCCAGAUUUAUGAAGGCUAUGGACAGACUGAGUGCACAGCUGGAUGCACAUUUACAACACCUGGAGACUGGACAUCAGGUCACGUUGGGGCUCCCCUACCAUGCAACUUUCUCAAACUCAUUGAUGUAGAAGAAAUGAAAUAUUUUUCAGCAAAAGGAGAAGGCGAGAUCUGUGUGAAAGGACCAAAUGUCUUCAAGGGUUACCUCAAAGAUACCAAGAAAACUGCUGAAGCCUUAGACAAAGACAACUGGCUGCAUACAGGGGACAUAGGCAAAUGGUUAACAAAUGGCACUUUAAAAAUCAUUGACAGAAAGAAACAUAUAGUUAAACUUGCUCAAGGAGAGUACAUCGCGCCUGAAAAAAUUGAGAAUAUAUAUGUACAGAGUGAGCCUGUGGCCCAAGUGUAUGUUCAUGGAGAUAGUUUACAGUCCUUCUUGGUAGGUAUCGUUGUACCAGACCCAGAAGCCACAGAAGCCUGGGCAAGGAAAAAGGGAUUUGAAGGAUCAUAUGGAGAACUGUGUAAAUCCAAGGGUUUUAAAAAAGCUAUAAUGGAGGACAUGGUAAAGCUGGGGCAGCAGGCCGGCCUUUAUUCGUUUGAACAGGUAAAGAACAUCUAUCUCCACUGUGAAAUGUUCUCAGUUCAAAAUGGCCUCCUGACCCCAACAUUAAAGUCCAAGCGAGUGGAAAUGAGAAAUUACUUCCAGAAACAAAUUGAAGAGCUUUAUGCUAAUACAUCUAUGUGAAAAUAUUUGACAGAUAUCAUAUUGGGGGGAGAAAAUCUUGUGUUUGCUGUUUAUCUCAUGUCAAGAACUCAUUAGGGACAUCUGAAAUAUUCUUUCACUAUAUUGAGAAACAGUCAUUUCUUCAGUCAACUGGAAGGUUAUUUCUUGCUUAACUUCAAGAUCUUCUAUGUAAAAUAAAAAAUUGACCUUUUUUUAAAGCUGCACUGUAAUUGAGAUAAAUUUUGUAUGUUCAGCAAUGAAAUUUACUUUGUUUAUAUGAUGGUAUAAUUACUAGCUUAUAAUUCUAAUGUACAUAUUUUGUAAAAAUGGGACAUAAGAAGCUUCUAUGCUGAGGGUUAAGCAACUCGAAAUGUCUCCCUUUAACAUUUGUAAAUCAAAAAAUGUACAGGUAUAUGAAUUGGUCUGUUAUCUAAGAAACUUUUGCUGUAUGAAUUCAUCAAUACUUGAAGUAUAUGAUUUGUGCCACACCUGAGCAUAUUCAGAACUACAACUGCAUUUUUGUACUGAACUAAAUUAAAUAUAAUUUAUCAUUAAUUGAAUAUGUAUCAUAAAUAUUCACAAAAUUUCAGCUUAAGAAAUAUAGUGAAAUUUAAAGAAUCAAUGUGGUAAAGGGAAGUUUCAUUAUUUGAUCUGAUGCACACAAAAAGCUGAUGAAACUCAGAAAGUCAGGCAGCAUCUCUAGGAAUGAAUAAACAGUCAAAGUUUUGGGCUGAGACCCUUCAGAACUGGAAAGGAAGAGGGAAGUUGCCAUACUUAGAAGGUACAGGGAGAGAAAACUAGAAAGUGAUGGGUAAAUCCAGCUGGGUGGGGUAAGUGGAUAAAGUAAGAAACUGGGAGGUGACAGUUGGAAAAGGCAAAGGGUUGGAGAAGGAGAAAUCUUAUAGGAAAGGAGAGUGGACGAUGGGAGGAAGGGAAGAAGAAGAGGCACCAGGAGGAGAUGAUAGGCAGGUGAGGAGAAGAGGUAACAGGCCAGAGUGGGGAAUUGUAGAAGAGGGAAGGGGAGGAGGAAAAAUUACCAGAAAUAGGAGAAAUCUACGUUCAUGCCAUCAGGUUGUAGGCUACCUAGACAGAAUAUGAGGUGUCGAUCCUCCGACAUGACCAACAUGUUGGAAUGGGAAUGGGGAUAGGAAUUGAAGUUGUUGGCCGCCAGCAAAUACUGUUUUUUGCAGAUGGAGUAGAGGUGCUCGACAAAGCGGUCCUUCAAUCUACGUUGAGUAAGUCUUACUAAUGUAGAGGAGGACACGUCGGGAGCACCAGAUACAGUAGAUAACCCCCAACAGAUUUGUGGAUGAAGUGUUGCCUCACUUAGAAGGACUAUUUGGGGCCCUGAAUGCUAGUGAGGGAGGAGGUAAAUAGGCAGGUAUAAUACUUCUGCCUGGAGGGUGAUUAGUGGGGCAGGAUGAAUAGGCAAGGGAAUCACAGAAGGAGCAAUCCCUGGUUGGUGGGGAGGUAAAGAUGUGUUUGGUGGUAGGGUCUUGAUAAAGAUGUCAGAAGCUGCAGAGGAUGAUGCAGAAGCUCAUGGAGAGGUAAGUGAGGACAAGAGGAAUUCUAUCACUGUUUAGAAAGCUGGAAGAAGGGGUGAGCAUGGAUAUCUGAGAAAUUGAGGAGAUGCAAGUGAGGUCAGCAUCAAUGGUGGAGGAAGGGAAAUCCCCAAAGCCUCAUCCUGGGAACAGAUGCGGUUGAGGUGAAGGAACUGAGAGAAGGGAAAGGUACUUUUACAGGAGUCAGGGUGGGAGGAGGUAUAAUCAAGAUAGCUGUGGGAAUCUGUAAGAAUCCGUAGGUUUAUAAAAAACAUUGGUAGACUGUUUGUCUCCAGAGAUUGAGAAAGGGGAGAGAGGUGUCAGAAAUGGACCAAGUGAAUUUAAGGACAGGGUGGAAGUUGGUGGUAAAGUUGAUGAAAUUGACAAGCUUAGCAUGGGUUAAUGAAGCAGCACCAAUGCAGUCAUCAAUGCAGCAGUGAACGAAUUGGGGAGCAUUACCAGUGAAGCAUUGGAACAUGGACUGUUCCACAUAUCCAACGAAAAGGCAGACAUAGCUGGGGCCAAUGCGGGUACCCAUGGCUGCACCUUGAGUUUGGAGAAAGUGGGAGAAGCCAAAAGAGAAAUUGCUGAGGAUAAACACCAGUUCCACCAGGCAGAGGAGGGUGGUUGUGGAGGGCAUUAUUUUUUGUAACUCCAAAAGAUAAAACUAAUUGGAAGAAUAACAAGGGAGUCCAAAAAGAUAAUCUAAUUUCAUGUUUUACAUUAAACGAGACUCGCACAUAUUACAUGGUAGUGCCAUGAUGUAUGCAAUCCACUUACUUUUAUAUAUAACCUGUAAUUAAUUAUUUAAACAAACAAAGAAUGCUUAAUCAACAACAUAUGUACAAGAUUACUGAAAUAUUACUGAAAUUUUAAAUACACAACAGAGGAGAACUGGUUGGAACUUUUGUUGAGAAAGAAGCCGAGAACAACUGUAAGGCCUUCUUGAUGGGAGAUAGAAGUGCAUAGGGACUGGACAUCCAAGGUGAAAAUAAGGUGAUCAGGGCCAGGGAACUGAAAGUUUUUGCCAUGAUGAGGCUACCCCCAGGUUGAAGGAGCAAUACCUCAUAUUCCAUCUAGGUAGCCUAAAACCUGAUGGCAUGAACAUCAAUUUCUCCAGCUUCUGGCAAUUCCACCCCACCCCUUCAAUUCCCCACUUUGUUCUCUUACCACUUCUCCUCAUCUGCUUAAUACCUCCCCCGGUAUCCCUUCUUCCUUUUCUUCCAUCGCUCCCUCUCACCUCCUAUUAGUCUCCUUCCUCCGCCAGCCUUUACCUUUUCCCAUCUAUCACCUCCCACCGUACCUCAUUCCCCCUCCCCCACCCACCUGGGUUCACCCAUUACCUUUCAGCUUGUACUGCUUCCCCCUCCCUCGCCUUCUUACUCCGACAUCGUCCUUCUUCCACUCCAGUCCGAAAGAAGGGUCUCAGCCUGAAACAUCAGUCAUUUAUUCAUAUCCAUAGGUGCCGCCUGACCUGCUAAGUACAUCCAGUAUUUUUGCGUAUUGCUCUGGAUUUCCAUCAUCUCUUGUGUUUAUCAUUUGAUUUGGGCAGUGCAAUUAGAAUGUACUGUCUCUUAAUAUUGCCAGGCUGCUGUCUAAAACACUUGUUUGUUCUGCCUUAGUCAAUAUUUUAGGUAAAACUAUCAAUCUCUGCGGAAGCUCUUAAUGUAAGGUGGAAUCAAGGUCUUGGUUCAGAUUUUCAAGCUUCAGUAUGGAAAAUUAUUCUUGAUUAAAAUAUACAAAAUGUUAUUUCUAAAGCACGUUUCGUGCUUCAUCUAUCUCAAGAUGCUUUAUAGAUGAACACUGUAUCAAUUUAGAACUGUUGUCACUAUAACUACAUAGUUUAACACAACAGCAAAAUGACCAGUUGAUCUGAUACAGGUGCUUGGCUUCAGAUUAAUGAUGACCUGGACACUGAGACUCUCCUGGGCUUUCUUCAAAAUUGUCUCAGGAACAUUUGCAUCCAUCUAAGUUUAGAAGGGAAGUGAAUUAAUUUAAUGUCCCAUUCAUAAAUUUUCAUUUCUUUUGGUACAAUGCACCUUCUACACUACAAUGUAGACCUAAUCACAAAUCUGAGAAUAAUAAUUAAAUUAACAAUUUCAUAUCUAAAAUGGAUAUCACUGGUGGUCUAAUCCUACGUCUAAUUUGCAGUCUUAUUGUGAAAAAUGUAAUAAUACGUAAGAGGAGCUUCACUCUGAGUUCCAAAUAUCAAAAAAUAAUUAAGGGUAUCAUAAUACAAAAGUCAAGAAUUAAUAAAACAAUAACCUGAAAUAUACAUUUGAAAGGCUGAUCUAGUAAUUAGCUGGGCUAAAAACAUUCACAAUAAUUUUUAAAGCUACAUUUCAGCAUACAGAAGUUUUCAGUUAGCUGCUGACUUUUGCCAUCAAUUAGUCUUUAUUGCCAUACUGUAACAUAAAUCUGAAAUACCAGCUUUCUUAUUUUCUAAUGUAACUCUGGAUUUAUGCCAAGGGUAUAGAGAAGAUUAAAUACAACAAUAUGACAUCACAACUUUCUGUCAAUUGUUCAUUCCCACACACAGAAGCAGCUUUUAACUUCAUUGGUAUUAGUUAGAUGAGGUGUGCACGGUCUGUGUGAUUUGUCUUACAACAAAAUCAUGCAUUGCAUCAAUGCAGAACAAGCUGAUGCUAAUGUAAGAAACUGUUAUAGAAUAAAUAGAUGUAUAUCUGUUUAUAUCACAAAAAUGUUGCCAUCAAUUUGAGUUGCAAGUUCAAACCUAUACUCAGUAGUUUUCAAUACAAUCUAUAUUACUGAAGGAAGAUGUGAGGAAAGCUGGUAAGAUUCACAUAAAACUUGAUUGGAACAAGGAAAUUUUCUCAAUUUGGCAGUGAGAAUAAGGUACUUGAGUGUGCUUUUGCCACUGUUAGUAUUUAAGUAAAUUUUACGGAAUGUGCAAACCCAUCUAUGGAACCUCAGUAGAACUAUUCUUAAUUUAGCAAUGGAAGUUGCAUUUAGUUUCAGUAUUAGACAUCUGCCUACAGUUCUGGUAGCCCACAGAGAGGAAACAAUAUUAAUUACAAUCAUCCGGGAAAGAUGAACAGGCUAAUUCUUUAUCUUCUCGUGAGAAAAGAGAAACCGAAGAAAGAGCUCACAGACAUUUUAAAGUUAUUAAAGUUUUGGUACAGACUCAAGGAUUGUUUAUGUGAGUGGAAAAAUGCAAACUUUAAGAUCAUCAUCAAAAUGUCAAGCGAACAAGAAAUGGAUUUAAAGUUUGACCUUAAGGGUUAAAUUCUUUUUCUGAAAGUUGAAUUGGCCUACUCAUUUCUAAAAAAUUCUAGCUAUUUGAAACCAUUUCUGUGCGCUUCAUUGUACUUUUAAAGAGAAUCAUAUUGAAUAUUUAGUAGGGUUGUGGUAUGAAAAUAGUGUUGUAUGUCAUAUGAUAUCAUUGUAAUUAAUAUGGAUGUGACAUCUUCCUGUUUCGGAGUACAAUAUUUGUUCUGACAAGGGAAGCAAUGGUGCGUGGUUCUUUUAAUCAUUUGCUCUAUAUGUGUAAAUAAAGCAGUAUUAUUUUUACUUCUCAAAUACUGCAGCUUUAAAAGAUGAGAUGAGCACAAAUUAUAUUUUACAGGAUGCUGUAACACAUACUACAGAAUAAUAGAAACAUUAUUUUUGCAUGAAAGCAAGCAAAAUUAUAUAUUCAAAAUGUGUAUAUGGAAUGUAGUCUUAUAAUAAAAAAGUUUCAAAUUCAAAUAAAGCAAUUUACCAGAUUAAAAACUACUUCAGUUGAUUAAUUCCUUUAAAAAAUAAGAAAAUACUCUAUGAUAUGAAUAUAUUAAAAUUAUCAAAAUUAUUAUUAAUCUAAUAAGACUGAAACACACCCUACAGGAGUAUAUUUCCAUAAUUUUAAUGGAAAAAAUAGACAUGCAAGAAUAAUUUGAAAAGUCAAUUUGUAUUAAACAAUUGUAUGCAGUUAUCUGUGAUGCAUUUUAAUGUCCUCGUGUUAUGCAAAAAUAUCACAAUCUUAAAUCUUUGUUGAGGGGAAAAAUUAGCAUUUGUCAAUUUUUUUACAUUAGAAGGGGAAAUAUACAGUACAAUCAAAUAAUACAAAUAGUUUCUCUUCUGGAUUGCUCAAUUCACAUUCCACUGUAUAAAUUAUUUUUGUCCUUUAAAAGUUUAUAUUGAAGUAUUAUUUUGGUCGACAGUUUUAAUCAAAAAUUUCCCAAAGUUCUCUUCUCAAGAACUGUGAGAGGAAAUUCAAUAAUGUUGACAAUUUCUUUGCAACUUAGAAUCUGCUUUUGUAUUUUCUAGGUUAAGAGAAAAAAAAGAGAGAAUUUUUUUAUAUUUUGCACAUGUGAAUACUUUAAAAAGAUUCUUCACUUACAGUUUGUUGAUAUCAUAUACAAAGUAACAUAUCUGCAAUAUUGUA